AUGGUUGAUAGCGUGUAUCGUACCAGAUCAUUAGGUGUAGGUGCUACAGGAUUGAAAGAUCAAUAUGCUGACGGUAAGGCUGCUCGGGUCUGGCAGUCAUACAUAGGAGAUACUUCGACAAGAACUGCAAAUUAUCGUCAUUGGCUCAGAGACUUAUUAAAACAUUAUGAAGCGGACACUGUCCUUGACGUAGCAUGCGGUACUGGGAUUGAUUCCAUCGUCCUUUUGGAAGAAGGUUUUACAGUGACGAGUAUUGACGCUAGCGACAAGAUGUUGAAACACGCACUAAAAACACGAUGGCAGAGGCGCAAAGAAGAAGCUUUCGAUAAAUGGGUUAUUGAAGAAGGAAAUUGGUUGGCCUUACCACAAUCAGAAAUUGAGAUUCCGAAUUCCGGUUUUGAUGCUGUACUUUGUUUAGGCAAUUCAUUUCCUCAUUUGCCAGAUUUUCGUGGCGAUCAAGCAGAUCAAAAGUUAGCCUUAGCAAAUUUUUAUGACAUACUUAAACCUGGCGGAAUUCUAAUAAUAGAUCAUAGAAAUUACGAUGAAAUAAUCAAAUCAGGAACAUUACCACAAGAGAAGAACAUCUAUUAUAACAGCAAGGAUUCAAAUCUGAAAGAUAUUAAAACCUCGGUCCUGCACGUAAACGGAAAACCUACUAUGGUAACCCUAGAUUAUAUUAUAGCUACAGAGGAUGCUGCCUGCGAUGCCGGUGAGGCCUAUCAAAGCGAUAAGAAGGAGCCUGACAACAGUAAGUUCCGGUUAUCCUACUACCCACAUCUUGUUGAUAAUUUUACCGAGUUACUUCAAAACACUUUUGGCAGCAAUGCCAAGCACGAAAUUUUUGGAGAUUUUAAGUCUUAUAAAAAGGAUUCAGGCAAACCGCCACUAUUUUUCAUUCACGUUAUCCAAAAGCCUUUAUAA